UUAUUUAUCGACUUUUCUAAUUGUUAAGACUUGACGUAACUUUCCUUUGAUAAAUAUUACAUAUUCUAAUUCGAGCAAAAUAUGUUGCGAAGAUCAAUAACUUCGUUGUUCGAUAGGACAGUUGGCCUUCUCAAUAGAAAACAACUAUGUGAAAUACAUACAACAAUAGCUUUGCUAAAAGUAGAAGACCGGAAGGGUAUGAUGGCUUCAUUACCGGAUAAGGAUGAAGGCACUGCUGGUGAAAAAUCAAUAGAUAUAGAUACCCUCAUUCACAAAAAAGAAAAAUUCUUCCCAGAUGAUCAAACCUCGCAACAAUUAUUUAAUGGAAUUCCGUUUGCUGAGUUGCCUGUUUGCAACAUUCGUGUAUCUCCUAACAACACUAUAAUAAGUGUUACGGAUAGCAAGGGUGUUCCUAGACUUAUACGGUCCUGUGGCAUUGAGGGCUUUAAAAAUACUCGAAAAGGCACAAAUAUUGCUGCCCAAGCUACUGCAAUAACUAUAAGCGAAAAAGCCGUAGAACUCGGUUGGAAGACCGUCCGAGUGAAAGUGCGGGGAUUGGGGCCUGGUCGAAUGUCAGCCAUUAAAGGGCUUCAAAUGGGUGGCCUUAACAUUGUUUCAAUUACUGAUGCAACACCUGUAUCUUGGAACCCUCCGCGUGCAAGAAAGCAGAGAAGCUUAUAAAAAGGACAGUUUUAAAAUAUUCCAUCUUCAGCACAAAAAAUAUGAUACUUGAUUUGUAAGAAAGAAAAAUAUUUCUGAAAGAAACGUGAAACCAAGCUUAA